UCAGCAGCAGUUCUCGUUCUCGACCCAGUUGUUCACAUAGAUCAGGAGGAGGAGGAGGGAGCGUUAAUGUCGGCUGAAACUCUCUAUUUGACACAUUAAAGCAGAGUGAGCCUUCCCCCUCAUCAUGUCCCAGGAUAAGAGUGGAUACCCAGUUAUGGGUGAGAACAACCCACUUCAUAACAGUGUCUACGGACCCCCUCAGCCAGGGUUCGACAUGCCCCCUCCCAACUACAGCCAAGCCCCCGGGGGGGCGUACCCACCAGCAGGGAGCUACGGCCAGCCAGGCUUCGCCCAGGCAGGCCCGGGUUGCGCCCCUGGCCCCUACCCUCAGAUGCCUUACCCUCAGAUGCCCUACCCACAGGGACCCUACCCCCAGGGGCCUUAUCAGCAAGGGCCUUAUCAGCAAGGGCCCGCACAACCAGGAUUUGCCGGUGACCCAAUGGCACCUGCAGGCAGCCCUGGUUACCAAGGUGAUGUUCCCCCAAAUUACUACGACAAUGAGGAAUUCACCAACUCUGGUUUUGAGGACAAAACCAUCCGACAAGCCUUCAUCAGAAAGGUCUUCGCGGUUCUCACGGUGCAGCUGCUGAUCACCUUCUCCUUUGUUGCCAUCUUCACCUUUGUUGACGAAGCAAAGGUCUUUGUGCGACGUAAUCCAUGGACAUACUAUGUGUCCUACGUGGUCUUUCUCGUGUCCCUGAUCACCCUCAGCUGUUGUGGAGAAUUCCGCCGCAAGCACCCCUGGAACUUGAUUGCACUGUCCAUCCUGACCCUGAGCCUCUCCUACAUGGUGGGCAUGAUCGCCAGCUUCUAUGACACAGAGACGGUCAUCAUGGCCGUGGGCAUCACUGCAGUGGUCUGCUUCACGGUCGUGCUCUUCUCACUACAGAGCAAGUAUGACUUCACUUCCUGUCAGGGCGUGCUGUUUGUGUGCCUGAUCGUGCUGUUGCUCUUCUCCAUCCUCUGCAUCUUCAUCCGCCACAGGAUCCUGGACAUCGUCUAUUCCUCACUGGGGGCCCUGCUCUUCACCUGCUUUUUGGCUGUGGACACUCAGCUCCUCCUGGGCAACAAGAAGCUAUCUCUGAGUCCAGAGGAAUACGUUUUUGCCGCACUCAACCUCUACACUGACAUCAUCAACAUCUUCCUCUACAUCCUGGCUAUUGUGGGACGUUCCCGUGAAUGAAAUAAUGAAAUGAAAUAGCUCUUUAAACUUUUGUUUCACUUUGUCCCAUAACACACUUCCUCCUCCUAUCACACCCACAGCUUUUUAAAAGGUGUUGCAAUUAAUGUGAAAAUUAUCUUUCUUUUUGACCACUUGUUGCUGUAACUCUCCUCUGCUUCUACUAACACUGGUAGCUAAAUAAUGGCUAUAUUACCUUUACCCAUACUUUCAGUGUGACUCAGCUCCUACAGUGUAACACAUGUUAUCCCGUGGAUGCAUGGCACUCGGCCUUGCCUUGCUUAGAGAUUAAACAGAGGAAGAGCGGGGAUGGAAUCUGUAGCGCCUAAUAUUGAUGCAAACCAGCUUUACUUGAAAACAAAUUAGGGCUAGAAAUACCCAUUUUUCAAUCCAUCUGAUUCCCCAAACAGAUCUCUCCCUUUGAGCCCGCUGAUGUUAAUUAACUCUGCAUGGCAACACUGGAAACAAAACGAAAGGUGUGAUAUGUUUCUUUAGAGCUAACAGAGGAAUGUCUCGGAAUUGCUUGUCACAGCUGUAAAUAGUUAAAUGUAUUAGUGUAUGUGAAGCCAGUACCCCGCCCCCCUUUACCCCCUGCCCCCAAAUGGCAUGCUGAAGUGAUUCCUUUGGAUUUGUUGCUUUUCAGGAAAUAAUUGCUCU